UGGAAAUCUUAUCAGCAGGACUUUUCCGUCACCAUAGCAACCAGUGAGAUCAUCGAGGAACAGGAAAAAAAACGUAUUUUACUUCACACGGGUGAAACCAAACAGCAGCUGAAAGCUUUGAAUAAACAAAUAGAAUUCAGCAGUUCUGAUGUUUCUCCUCAUGAACGGACUCAGCAGCUCAGAGGAGUCUGAUCCUGCAGGAACGCAGCGCCACCUUCUGGCAGGACUGCACAACAGCAGCUAAGAAAGAGCUAAAAAGAUGACUUGUAAGACGCUCCUCUGGGCCAGCCCUAAAAGGAAUGGAGCUGAGGAGCCGGCGGGGAGGAGGAGGACGGCCUGGCCAUGUUUGGAUGGAGGGAUGGAUGGAGGGGUGGAGGUCUGAUAAAGCCGCCUGCAGCUCCACGGCCCCUCACUUCUGUCCUGCCCCCCCCACAUCACCCAUCAGACCGCCACGUGUGAUUUGCUGCCGUAGGUCGUUGCUCAUCCACAGCGCCCCCUGCAGUCAUGUGUGACGACGAGGAAAGCACCGCCCUGGUCUGCGAUAACGGGUCCGGACUCUGUAAGGCGGGGUUCGCCGGAGACGACGCCCCCAGGGCCGUGUUCCCCUCGAUUGUGGGCCGUCCCAGGCACCAGGGCGUGAUGGUGGGCAUGGGGCAGAAGGACAGCUACGUUGGGGACGAGGCUCAGAGCAAAAGAGGAAUCCUCACUCUGAAGUACCCCAUCGAGCAUGGCAUCAUUACCAACUGGGACGACAUGGAGAAGAUUUGGCAUCACUCCUUCUACAACGAGCUGAGAGUGGCUCCAGAAGAACACCCCACCCUGCUGACAGAGGCACCACUCAACCCCAAAGCCAACAGGGAGAAGAUGACCCAGAUCAUGUUUGAGACCUUCAACGUUCCUGCCAUGUACGUGGCCAUCCAGGCCGUUCUCUCGCUGUAUGCCUCUGGACGGACUACAGGUAUCGUCCUGGACUCAGGUGAUGGCGUUACACACAACGUGCCCAUCUAUGAAGGCUACGCUCUGCCUCACGCCAUCAUGAGGUUGGACCUGGCAGGGCGCGACCUCACCGACUACCUCAUGAAGAUCCUGACUGAGCGAGGAUACAGCUUUGUCACCACAGCUGAGAGGGAGAUUGUGCGUGACAUCAAGGAGAAGUUGUGCUACGUGGCCCUCGACUUUGAGAACGAGAUGGGAACGGCAGCCACUUCGUCCUCCCUGGAGAAGAGCUACGAGCUUCCUGACGGACAGGUCAUUACCAUUGGCAACGAGAGGUUUCGCUGUCCCGAGACGCUCUUCCAGCCCUCCUUCAUCGGUAUGGAGUCUGCUGGAAUCCAUGAGACGACCUACAACAGCAUCAUGAAAUGUGACAUCGACAUCCGUAAAGAUCUGUACGCCAACAACGUGCUGUCAGGAGGAACCACCAUGUACCCGGGAAUCGCCGACCGCAUGCAGAAGGAGAUCACUGCACUGGCGCCCAGCACCAUGAAGAUCAAGAUCAUCGCGCCUCCAGAGAGGAAGUACUCAGUGUGGAUCGGCGGCUCCAUCCUGGCGUCUCUCUCCACCUUCCAGCAGAUGUGGAUCAGCAAGCAGGAGUACGACGAAGCUGGACCCUCCAUCGUCCACCGCAAGUGCUUCUAAAGGACCGCUGGACCUGCAGCGCCCCCUUCAGUUUCUACUGCGUUACAUUGAUUUAACCUGCAUUGGUCACCGGCUAACAUUAAAUCCCCAAAACUAGCCACAAGGUCGGCAUCAACAGGAAGUUUAAGGUGGUCAAGUUAGACGCCGCCUCCUGGUGUUUGUGGUGGACUGAACCUGCAAAUGUCCAGAACUUAAUUGGAAACCGCUCAAACAUCAUCCCUCUGAGCUCACCUCCAAACUGUGAAUGUGCUGCUUGUCCUCCACCUGUUCCCCGCCCCCUGCUCCACCUGUGCCCCUCCCCCCUCCCCAUUGAAAGUGUCAAAAAGUGUGUUUUUAUUUUUGACAAAUAAAGCUUGAAUGUUUCCUGCUGGUGUUUCCCCCAUCAUUGUUCACUCUGCAUGCAGAGGAUGUCACAGCGCACACGCAGGUGUCCCUGAGCUUGGACUGUAGGCAGGUGAGCAGGAGGCGUGGCCUGGAGAGCUAGCAUGCUGUGUGAUGUUGACAACAUGGAUUUGACAGAAUAAAGAGCUCUUGUCCCGAA